AUAAGAGCGAAGCAUCAAAUGGCAGCAUAUACUUGGGGCGAAAGGGGCUAAAAUUUCGAAAGGAAGUGGAAGCCGUAAAGCAAAGCCUGAGCAGUAUCCUUCUGCCUCCCAUUUUAUAUUAUUCUUGUCCGGGGAACCAGUAUCUUCCCGUCUGUCGUGGGUACCAAAAUAACUCAGAGAAAAUCAGCCAAGAUGGCGAAGAAGAGACAGAAGAAAGGAGAUCAAAAUGAUAAAACGGCUGAAACGAAAAGGCUUAUCAUUGCCGAAGCCACAACUAUUCGCAUAUCCCAACAACUGCAGAAGUUCCAUGAAUCGAAAGAUGAAGUUUACAUGUUUGAAGAAAACCUGUCAAACUUUGAACGUGCAGUAGUGCAUGCAUUAUGCAGGAAAAUGGGUAUGACAUCCAAGAGUUCAGGGCGUGGCAGCCAACGACGGGUUUCUGUCUACAAAACUAAAAAGAAAGUUGACACCACGAAGGGUGUGGAGAGUCUACCAUAUUUGACAUUUUCGGAAGAGGCGAAAUUGGUUUUGCAGGAUUUGUUUAUUCAAUACCCACCUGAUGAUGGAAAAAUUGACUAUGGAAUGGUUGGGAAGCAAGCUGAAAAGAUUGAUAAAACAAGACAAAGGAAAGAUGAUAUUUUCUGCAAACCUUCAAUGAGUACAGCAGAAAUUGCGAAGAAAGUGGAGUUACUUGCUUCCAAAAUGCAGAAGGAAGGAUAUUUGAAGCAGGUCGCUGAAGAGAGGACUAAGCUCCCAAUUGCAUCCUUUAGGGAUGUCAUUUCAUCAACAAUUGAAUCUCACCAGGUAGUUCUCAUAUCUGGUGAGACUGGUUGUGGAAAGACCACACAGGUCCCCCAAUUUCUUCUAGAUUAUAAGUGGGGUAAGGGCAAGGCUUGUAAAAUUGUGUGUACUCAACCUCGACGUAUCUCAGCAACAUCAGUUGCUGAGAGAAUCUGUUAUGAAAGAGGAGGGAAUGUUGGAGAUGAUAUUGGAUACAAGAUACGGUUGGAAAGCAAAGGUGGAAGGAACUCAUCAAUUGUUUUCUGCACAAAUGGGGUUCUGUUGAGGGUGUUAAUUUCUAAAGGUGCUGGUAGGUCAAAGAGUGAACUUGGAACGAAAUCUGCAAAGCAAGAUCUUUCUGAUAUAACUCACAUUAUUGUGGAUGAAAUUCAUGAAAGGGAUCGCUACUCUGAUUUUAUUUUGGCAAUUCUGAGAGACAUGCUUCCUUUAUAUCCUCAUCUGCAUUUGAUACUCAUGAGUGCUACUCUUGAUGCUGAACGUUUUUCGCAAUAUUUUGGUGGCUGCCCAAUCAUCCGUGUGCCUGGGUUCACUUAUCCUGUUAAAACUUUUUAUUUGGAGGAUGUACUUUCUAUUCUAAAAUUGAAGGAACGUAAUCAUCUUGAUAAUACCUUAUCAAGUGUCCCUAUUGAGGACACACUGUUGACAGAGGAAGAUAAGCUUGCUUUAGAUGAAGCUAUUAAUCUGGCUUGGUCAAAUGAUGAGUUUGAUCUGAUCCUAGAAUUGCUUUCUUCUGAGGGAACUUCAAAAGUGUUGAAUUACCAGCAUUCUUUGACUGGCUUUACACCAUUGAUGGUAUUUUCUGGAAAGGGUAGAGUGGCUGAUAUUUGCAUGCUCCUAUCUUUUGGGGCAGAAUGCCAUUUACAGGCCAAGGAUGGAUCUACUGCAUUGGAGUGGGCUGAACGGGAAAACCAAAGAGAAGCCGCUGAAAUACUUAAAAAACACAUGGAAAGUGCCGUUUCCAACUCCAUUGAAGAACAACAAUUACUUGAUAAGUAUCUACGAACAAUCAAGCCUGAACUUAUUGACGUUGUUCUUAUAGAGCAGUUGAUAAAAAAAAUAUGUUUUGAUUCACAAGAUGGAGCUAUCCUUGUUUUCCUACCAGGGUGGGAGGAUAUAAAUAGAACCAGGGAGAAAUUAAUUUCAAUGCCAUUUUUCAAAAAUACUUCCAAGUUUAUGAUAAUAUGUCUUCAUUCUAUGAUUCCAUCUGCUGAGCAAAAGAAGGUUUUUAAACGUGCUCCUCACGGUUGCCGGAAAAUUGUUCUUGCAACCAAUAUUGCUGAGACUGCCAUUACCAUUGAUGAUGUUGUUUAUGUUAUAGACAGUGGUCGUAUGAAGGAAAAAAGUUAUGAUCCUUAUAAUAAUGUAUCAACUCUUCAAUCUUCUUGGGUCUCAAAAGCAAGUGCCAAACAAAGAGAAGGACGUGCAGGCCGAUGUCAGCCAGGAAUAUGUUAUCAUCUCUUUUCAAAGCUCCGAGCAGCAUCUUUUCCAGAGUUUCAACUUCCUGAAAUUAAGAGAAUUCCAAUUGAGGAAUUAUGUCUGCAGGUGAAAUUGUUAUAUCCAAAUUGCAAGAUAGAAGAUUUCUUGCAGAAGACAUUAGAUCCUCCAGUUUUCGAGACCAUACGAAAUGCAAUAAUUGUUCUUCAAGAUAUUGGGGCCUUGUCAGUUGAUGAGAAUUUGACUGAACUUGGGGAGAAGCUAGGUUCUCUACCUGUUCAUCCUUUGACGAGCAAGAUGCUUUUCUUUUCUAUAUUGAUGAACUGCCUUGAGCCAGCCUUGACUCUGGCAUGUGCCUCUGACUAUAGAGAUCCAUUUACUCUUCCCAUGUUACCAACAGACAAGAAGAGAGCUGAUGCUGCUAAGUCUGAGCUUGCAUCAUUAUAUGGAGGGCACAGUGAUCAGCUAGCAGUAAUAGCUGCAUUUGAGUGCUGGAAGAAUGCAAAGCAAAGAGGUCAAGAGGCAUGGUUCUGUUCCAAGUACUUUGUCUCUAAAAGCACUAUGAAUAUGUUGUCUGGUAUGCGUAAGCAGCUCCAAAAUGAACUAAUUCGGAAUGGGUUUAUUGUUGAUGAUAUUUCAAGUUGUAGCUUGAAUGCACAUGACCCAGGUAUACUUCAUGCAGUCCUUGUGGCUGGUUUGUAUCCUAUGGUUGGAAGAUUGCGUCAACCUCAUAAAAGUGGAAAACGACUUGUGGAGACCGCCGGCGGUGAUAAAGUUCGUUUGCAUCCUCAUUCCACUAAUUUUAAGUUAUCAUUAAGGAAAACUGAUGAGUGCCCUUUGAUAAUAUAUGAUGAGAUAACACGUGGAGAUGGAGGUAUGGUCAUAAGGAACUGUACCGUGGCUGCACCACUCCCAUUGUUAUUGCUUGCAACAGAGAUUGCUGUCGCUCCAGCAAAAGACGAUGAUAAUGAUGAUGAAGAUGACGAUGAAGAAGAUAGUGGUGAUGAAGAAAGUGAUGAAGGUGGGAUGGAGAUCGAGAAUCGGUCAGGUGGACAACAUGAAGAGAAGAUCAUGUCAUCUCCUGAUAAUUCAGUUACUGUCAUUGUGGAUCGGUGGCUUUUUUUUGGGUCAACAGCACUUGAUGUUGCUCAAAUUUACUGCUUGAGAGAGCGAUUAUCGGCAGCAGUCUUAUUCAAGGUAACACAUCCAAGGACAGUUCUUCCUCCUGUUCUAGGGGCCUCCAUGCAUGCUGUAGCCAAUAUUCUAUCUUUUGAUGGGCUAUCCGGGAUGUCAAUACCUCUAGAACCUGUGGACUCACUGACUUCAAUGGUAAAUGCUGCUGAGAUUAACAAGUCUGCCCCAGGGAAGAGGAGAAUGAUGGUACAGAAUUCAGAUGGGUACCUCCGAUCGCUUAUGGGAGACAGCAUGUACCAGAAAUCACCUUCCCAUCAUCCCAAUAGUGGAGUUCCUAAAUUAAAGGGAACAACAAACUUGGGUGAUUUUUCAAGUGACAGAGUUUGGUCACCCCGUAAUUCGGCUGUCCAGAACAUGUAUGGGACACCUGCGUUACGGGGUCCCAUUUCUGAUGGGAAUGGUUUGGGAAUGUUUCACAAACAUGGUUCAAGGGGAGAUUCUCUUAAGCGGCAGCGUGAGAAUGAGUCUAGAUAAUGGCGGUAAUUAGUCAAAUGUAAUUCUGUUGUGGACAGCAAGAUUGGUAGGUACCGAGCUGGUUUUAUUAAAAAUGUUGGGUGGUGUGGUUAGGCAUCUUGCUUUAUGGAUCGGAGGGUGCUGGUUCAUAUCUUUCCUGCCCCUUGAGACUAAACUCACUCAUUCAGGUAAUACUAAAGUAGGUAUAGUGAAAUGUGUUGCUCAACUUGCUUCUAACACCACUAGUUCAUUUGCUAUCCAUGUUGGCUUCCUAGUUC